UCAGCACAGGGAGGGUUUAAAAAAGGUCUCCAUGUUGAAAAAAGCAUUCCCACCCUCCCCGUCUUCCUGUCUGAACGGCCUAACCCACAUGGUUCACAGAGUGCCCUCCCCCCAUGUGUAUGUUGUCUUUUCCUAUUAUAGCGCAGAGUUAUCCGGCUGCACGGCCGUAGGACUCUGGUGUUGGAUGGCACCCGGCCUGUGCGUGUUUCUGGAACAGCUUUCAUCAGAAAGACUUCACUCCUUCAGUCUGCACAGCCCUCAGAAUGAAUUCCACAGUGAAUGUGAGCGAUGAGCGUACUCCUCAUGACUUCAUGUUUACGUCUGAAUCUGUGGGAGAGGGACAUCCUGAUAAGAUAUGUGACCAGAUCAGUGAUGCUGUGCUGGACGCUCACCUGAGGCAAGACCCUGAUGCUAAGGUGGCUUGUGAGACGGUGUGUAAGACGGGCAUGGUGCUGCUCUGUGGGGAGAUCACGUCUCGAGCCAACGUGGACUACCAGAGAGUGGUGAGAGAAGUCAUCCAGCAUAUUGGUUACGAUGACUCGCAGAAAGGAUUUGACUAUAAGACCUGUAACGUGCUGGUAGCCCUGGAGCAGCAGUCACCUGACAUCGCUCAGGGAGUUCAUAUCGAUCGCAUGGAGAGCGAAAUCGGAGCUGGAGACCAGGGUCUGAUGUUUGGAUACGCCACAGAUGAGACAGAGGAGUGCAUGCCCCUCACCAUAGUCCUCGCCCACAAACUCAACGCUAAGAUGGCCGAGCUGAGACGAAAUGGGACGGUCCCCUGGCUCCGCCCAGACUCAAAGACACAGGUAACAGUUCAUUACGCCCAGGAAAAUGGCGCUGUGAUCCCCAAAAGAGUGCACACUGUGGUGAUCUCCGUGCAGCACGAUGAUAACGUGUGUGUGGAGGAGCAGAAGAAGGUGCUGAAGGAAAAGGUCAUCAAAGCCGUGGUGCCUUCACGCUACCUGGACGAGGACACCAUCUAUCACCUGCAGCCCAGCGGACGCUUUGUGAUUGGAGGGCCGCAGGGUGAUGCAGGAGUGACGGGGAGGAAAGUCAUCGUGGACACGUACGGUGGUUGGGGGGCCCACGGGGGCGGAGCUUUCUCUGGAAAGGACUACACCAAGGUGGACCGCUCGGCCGCCUACGCUGCACGCUGGGUGGCAAAAUCUCUGGUGAAGGCCCAGCUGUGCAGGCGGGUACUGGUGCAGGUGGCGUAUGCGAUUGGAGUGGCCCACCCGCUCUCCAUCUCCCUGUUCACCUACGGCUCCUCUCCAAAGAGCGAGAAGGAGCUUCUGCAGAUCGUCAAUAAAAACUUUGACCUCAGACCUGGAGUCAUAGUCAGAGACCUGGACCUAAAGAGACCAAUCUACCAGAAGACUGCAUGCUACGGACACUUUGGCAGGAAGGAGUUUCCCUGGGAGGUCCCGAAGAACCUCAACUUCUAGUGUGUGUGUGUGUGUGUGUGUGUGUGUGUGUGUGUGUGUGUGUGGUGGAGUCCAUAUGGCCUUUGUUCAUUGCUCUGAGUCUGAGGUGUGGGUGGGUCAGAGGUGUUCCAGCUGUAGGUGACAAAGUCCCUAAAUGACAACUGUGAAGCAUGAGAGAUAUUUACACUUUAAAUCUAAACUGUUAAAGAAAAAAAUAAACCGAGUGGAUGACCAAAUUUUAAAGGAGAAAAACCGUGCAUGGGUCAUGUCUUAAGCGUUUCAGUGAGUUUUUGAAGAGCCUGUGGGGAUUCUGCACAUGUUUGAGGUUUUCUCGCGCUCGUUUAUGACUAUUUCAGUGACAAACUCUGACAGUCAGCUAAACCUCUUUGAAUAAUUUUUAUCACAAGCGUCUCAGUUUUGCCUGGAUAAAAAUGAACUUCCAUCCACCCAAUUAAGGGUCACUGGGGGGCUGGAGCCUUUUCCAGCUACUAUAGGGCGAGAAGCACAGACAACACAUUGAACUCACAUUCACAUCUAUAGACAAUUUAGAGUCACCACGUAACCCAACUCUACUACCUGCAUGUCUUUGGACUGUGGGAGAACGCCGCAGUAUGCAGAGAGAACCCACGCAGACACAGGGAGAACGUGAAACAGCCAGAUGGUGGAUUUAACUCAAGACCUUCGGGCUGUGAGGCCACCGUGCUCCCCUGUAAAGUAAUUUAUUUAACAUGAACAACAACACACGUCUACCAAAGACGGAUGAUGUCAGAGGACAUGAAAGUAGACAGUCUGAACUGCAUCAGCUGAUGACACCCUCACAUCAGCUGAUUUUUGUUUUUAAAAGACAACUUUCUAAGUCAAAAUGACUCCGAAGCGUCUUUAAACCAUACAUAAAAACAUUUUUUUUAAUCAACUUGCUAUCAGGGGUGGGAAGGUGUACUAGUAUCUGCUGCCCUUGGCACUUCCCAAGGUUUAGCCAACUUUCCCCUCCAUGGCUUGGAUGUGGCAUCCUGCUCCUGUUACAUUGCAUGGAAAACACCAAAAUGAUUUUGAUGAGAGUUUGAGGUUAAAAGAACAGAAGCUGAAUAAUCUUAGAACUUUGUGAGGUUUUCUGCAGGUGUAUAAACUUUUCCUCAGGCUUCAUGCAGUUUAGUACGAUAACGUGAGGUUUUUAAUGAGAUGCAGACGACCAAAGAUGAAAUCCAAAUGUCCCAGAGAGGCUUCAUAUGUUAGCAUUUAUUAAAGUUUAAAGUUAAGAUUUUUCUUCCUGCAUGCUUACCAGAAUAUAUAUUUUUUACUAUCAGUGUAGAAUUUUUUUGUUCGUUUGUUUAUCUGUUAGAUACAGAUGGGUACAAAUUAGGGAAAAGAAACAAAACACUAAGUUACUUUGGCCACCGUGUGGCGCCAAAGGAGCUCCGAUGCGCGUUGGUUUUGCUUCAGAACUCUGCAGGAGGGAUGCCAGUCAUCAUUUCAGUCUUUUAAUAUGCGUUGAUACAAAAUUUCACAAUUUCUGGUAUUCAUCUCAUCAAACCAAUAUGUCUUCUGCAUGGGAGCCUUUUCAGUUUCAUCAGGAUGGAAAUGUUUAUUCAAUCAGAACAACUUUGCACUGAUUUGCAGUGAAGCUUUCCUCGAGGAUCUUUACAGUUUAAAGC